ACGAAAUAUGUGAAAUUAGCAAUUAGUUCAAUUCUCAUUAGUGCGAUCACCCACAGAAAAAAAUUUUAAAAACUGAAUAUCCCUUGAAUUAAAAAAAAAAUCUAUCCGGCUUCCACCGUUCCACCAGAAAGAAAUGUAAAUUUUUGGUUUUACCAAUAAGAAGAAGAUGAGUGUUAUUUUCCUAACCUCAAAAUAGUGAAAUUUUAAGAGAAAAUAGAAAACAUUAAAUAAUAAAAAUAAAUUUUCACUGAUCACUUAUUCAAACAAAUAAAUUUUUAAAAUGAGAAAAAGAGCAAUUGCAAAUAUUUGGAUUGACCGUUUCCAUAGAGGAUUUGUGUGGACAUGUCUAACUGUUACUGUAUGUGGAACAAUAUUAUAUGGAACAAGAUUUGUGCAUUAUUUCACUGUGAUAAAACCCGAACAAGAUAAAAGAAAACUUUUAGAGCAGAGGGAAUUGUUAUCUGAAGGAGCCUACGAUAAAAUUAUGGAAGAUCCUUAUGCCAAAAGUGCAGAUUAGAAAUGAGUUAUCACUAAUGUAGAAUGAAAAAAAUAAAAGUUUAGUUAUCUUA